GUCACGCGCGGUGCUGCUCCUCACAUCGGAAGCUGCGGCGGCCGCCUGGCCGAGCCAGGACCAGCCGAUGGAGCUCACCGUCGAGACGGGCGAGGGGCGGCCGGCCAAGGAGCCGGCGCCGCCGCGCUUCAAGGGCGACUUCGACGAGCUCAUCGACCUGGUCGGCCCGUUUGGCCGCUUCCAGUGGCGGCUGUUCUUGCUGAUGCAGCCGCCGUUCGUGUUCCUGGCCUUCACCUACUUCAGUCAGAUCUGGCUAGUGCUGGAGCCUGACCACUGGUGCCGCGUGCCGGCGCUGCAGGCGCGCGGCUGGAGCGACCUGGCCGCCAGAAACCUGACGGCGCCGCUGGAGCAGAACGGUGGGGUGCUGCGCCACUCGCGCUGCUACAUGUACGACGUCAACUUCACCGAUGUCGACCCGGCCUCGUGGGCGCCCGACAACGAGACAGCCGUCGUGCCCUGCCGCCACGGCUGGAGCUACGACUUCUCCGAGAUCUACCCCACCAUUGUGUCCGACAAUGACUGGGUGUGCGACAGCGCCUGGAAGCCGACGCUGGCGUACACCAUGUUCUUCGCCGGCUCCAUGGUGGGCACCAUCGUGUUCAGCUACGUUGCCGACAAGUUCGGCCGACUGCCUUCGCUGGUGCUGGCCAACCUCACCUGUUGCUUGGCCGGCUUCGCCACGGCUUUCUCCACUUCGCUGCCCAUGUUCGCGGUGCUGCGCUUCAUCGUCGGCAUGGGCAACAACCUACAGUGCACGCAGGCCAUCGUUUUGCUGUCCGAGUUCGUCGGCCCGCGCUACCGCGCCAUGGUGGUGAACCUGCCACUGGCCACGUCCUUGUGCGGCGCUAUGGUGGUGCUGCCGUGGAUGGCCAAGCUGCUGUACCACUGGACGUACUUGGCUAUGGCCUCGUCGCUGCCCAUGUCGUUCGUGCUGCUGUACUACGUCUUUCACGUGCCCGAGUCGUGUCGCUGGCUGCAGCACGUGGGUCAGAUCGAGCGCGCCGUCCAAGAAAUGCGCGACAUCGCGCUGGAAAACGGUAAGCAGGUGCCGGACGACACGUGGGAUAGCUUCACAGUUGCGGCCAAACAGCGUCACGAGGGGGAGCUGACUCAGAGUCAUCCGACGCUGCUGGACAUGCUGCGUUUGCCGCGCCUGCGCAGCCGCAUGCUUACGCUCACCAUCGGCACAAUGCUGGUGGCGCUGCAGUUUGACCUGAUCGCGCGCAGCACCGAGCUGGACGUGGACGUGUACACGGCGCAGUCGGUGCUGGGACUGACCGAGGCGCCGGCCGACCUGCUGACCUGGCUGCUGCUGGAGACGCUCGGCCGCCGCUGGACCAUGACCGGCUCGCUGCUGGCCACCAGCGGCCUGGCGCUGACGCUCGCUGCUCUCCUGCGCCGCGGAGACCUCGCUGUCGCCUCUACUUGCGUCGCCUUCUUAUGCCGUUGCGGCGCCACCAUCGCCUAUAACGUGAUCGUGCAGCAACAGAUGGAGCUGGUGCCGACGGUGAUACGCGGCCGCGCGGUGGGCGCCGCGUUCGUGGCCGGCCAUUUCAGCGCCGCGUUCAGCCCGGCCGUGCUGCAGCUGGCGCGGCUGGACCGUGGUCUGCCUUCGUUCGUGCUCGCCACCGUCGCGCUGCUGGGCGCCUGCGUGCUCAGCAUGCUGCCCGAGACGAUGAACCGACCGCUGCCCGACACGUUGGAGCAGGGCGAGCGCUUCGGCAGAGAGCAGCGCUUCUGGCAGUGUUUCUGGCACAACCCCUGGCGCCGCCGACCCGCCGAGAGCGACCGCAAGGGCCACGAAAAUGCCGCACUGGAGGCGGACGAGCAACAGAGGACCGAGAAUGCCGACAUGUGACGUCCAGGUCCACAGCGGUACUCGUGGAAACAUGCUGGAAUGGCUAUGUGCAUCCGCGCUGAAAUAUUGCGCUGAGUGUUUCAAAAGUAUUUCCAAAUUACCAUUGUCACUGACAUUUCACAACGGCAAGAAUGCAAAGGAAAACCACAAGAUGCAUGAAAAACUCAGUCCCGCAGGUGAUAUUCCAAUGUUUAUGCACAGCGCGCGUUCAUGUCACGCAUCUCUAGAGAUGGGAGCAAAUAUCAAAUGUCACACAUAUCUAGAUGGCAUGCUUGCAAAUGUCAAACAAGGGCAUGUAAUAAGGGCAUGGGGAGGCAUUUCAGAAGCGUGGAAAAUUAGUUAAAGACAUUUUUGACUGCGCUAGCUAACCAUAAGGAUGACGAUAUGUUCCAUUAGUUGUCACUAGGCUGUCAUAAAAGUCACAUGUCCACACCACGCUAUGCACUGUCAUUCACGGGCGUUACUAUUUUCACUUUACAUUCAAUCGUAAUGUAACUGUAGUUUGAAGCCUGUGGGUAGUGCCAUUUGGUAGAUCUUUCAUCGCCAGCUGGAGGCGUGCAGCAAGUUGAAACGGGCAUCCACCAUGUAAUCUCAAUAGCCAUGACGGCGGCUGAAUAUUAGGGCUUGUUCCAUCGUAGUCCUAUAUCAGCAUCAACUGUCCGGCUGAGGUAGGCAUCAAAAUCAGCACUCCAAGAAGUUCGUCGGUCCGGAAAACUGUCGUCAUAAGGCUCAUCAAAACCCGUAGGUCCGGAGCAAUGGUGUCUUACGCUCUAUCAAAGGUAUCCCUUAUCCUACGAAAAUAGUCAUGUUUAUUCAUGUUAUUCUAAAGUUUAGGAAUAGCUUCAUCCAAGAAUCAAGGUUCCCCAUUCAGACAUACCUGACAUGUCCUAUGUAUAUGUUCUAAUGUGCACUCGAUAAUGUUUGAAAAUAAUGCCACCAUUGACGUGGACAUUCCAACACGGCCACGCACGCACCACAAAUAUAAUGUAUCCGUCAUCAGCAAUGCCAAUGAGAAAAUUAGAGAGCGACAACAAGAGCGAAAGACCAAAAGCGAGAGCCAGAGCCAGAGCCAGAGCCAGAGCCAGAGCCAGAGCCAGAGGUAGAGCCAGAGCCAGAGCCAGCGCCAGAGCCAGAAAGCCAAGGCCAAGAGACAGGAGCGGAGAGAAAAUUGAGGCUGCAAGGACCAAUCACAAUAUGAGAUCGGUGGCGGCCUCUGGACUUCCUGGCGGCAGGCGC